AUUGAAUAAUCGUUCUGGCUUCAGUAUCAAACAGAAAAGAAGAAAAAAUUUCGCCUUCAUACUAUUCGCAUUUAAUCUGUUACUUCCCCAUGUUUGAAAUUAGAUGAUAUCGUUUGCAACAUACACUCUGAGUUUUGUAUCAGUGUUUAGACUUUUAGUAUUAGCAAUAUAUUUGUUUAUCGAAGAUCUGUUAUCAAUAUGGAAAAACUCGAAGGUGCUCACUUACAAUCUUUUACGGCUUUUCGACAGGAGAAUUUUACAGGGACUGCUUCUACACUCUCCCACUGUCAUACUCCAACACGGACAGCAGAAUAUCUCUGUAUCUGGUUACUUUGUCGCUUCGACUUGACUUGAUUCAACUUUCUCCUGCGUCCAUUCGACUGGCCAUGGCCCACUAGUUCGUUAUUCUGAUAUUCAGAAGUUCAGAACAGCAAAAACGCUUGAAAAGCUGUGGCA